AUGACCGAUGCCCCUUCUCAUCGCCAGUUGGCGAUAGUGCCUGGCUAUCAACAUCAAGGCGAGUUUUAUAUAGUCACUGCCGGCUACAUUUCAAUUCUUCUGAUCGGCUUGGUGGGUAAUAUACUGGUGAUAUCUGUUCUACGGAAGCAUCCACUUAUGAAGACGCACAGCAGUAUCUACAUUAUGAAUCUUGCAAUGGCCGAUCUCAUUACUCUAAGCGUUGGUUUACCGUUUGAAGUUAUUAUGAAUUGGAGCCAAUAUCCUUGGCCAUUUCCGGACGUCUUCUGUCAUCUCAAAGCGCUUAUCGCUGAAACUACAAAGUACGUACAUAAAGUGUUAUGCGCUGCAUGGAUCUUGUCAGUUAUAUCCGCGUCACCGUUUGGAUUCUAUCAUAGAGCUGACUAUAUCCUAAAAGACUGGCCUGGAACGGAAAACCACGUUCCCGUACUUUCGUCAAAAAUGUGUAUGGUCGCUGUGUUAUUUGAUCGUGGUUCAAAGCCCAUGUACAAGUUCAUUUUCCAUUUAUCGGCGCUCUUGUUCUUUGUUAUACCGCUUUCAAUUAUAUUUGUAUUGCACAUAUUUAUCGCUAUUCACGUCCGGUCGUCUCGCAAAGAUAUUAAUCGUGCCGAUGCAGAUCGAGGCGGAGAUGACUUGAACUCCCGACUAACUUUUAUUCUGGGUAGGCUACUAUUUUAUUCAAAUCUCUUGGCGCAUAAACGACGUCAUUUUGUGCUUUUAGUGAGCAUUAUUGCGCAUUGUUCGUCUGCCCAUCUGGCCUUUUCAAAUACAAGCCUCUCAUUUUUCUACUUUGGACAACGAACAAUCGUUUACCAACAACCGACCAGUACCUCUUUUUUAUAUCAGGUAUGCUGCUUCACUAGUUAUCCAAGUUAUUUAGCCGAAUAA